AUCGGCCGCGGAGAGCGGCCACGGUGCAGUCUGUCGCUGAUCGUCGGUUACUACGCCGUCUGGUACGCUGGUUCCACCCGCACCUGAAAAUAUCCUUGAAAGGACACCGGGACGCGGUCGACUAUUUUCGCGAAAAGUUAAUCGCGGUGACCGCGACGACACCCGGGGGAGGAUUUUAUCCGUUUUUCAUUACCGGAGGAGUCGGGAGGAACACAGACGUUGAUAUUCCCAAAUUAUCAUUCGUUUCGUCCCGGUUUCUUUCGUUCAAGGAAGAAAAUAAACGAUGAGUUGCAACUGCCCGUUGACAACGGCGGCGGGUCCCACCCUCGCUUCGACCUGCGGGGGGCCAAGUUUCAUGCUGUUCAUGGGCCUCCUCGAGGUAUUUUUGAGGAGCCAGUGCGACCUCGAGGACCCCUGCAAUCGACCCGUGGCCCGGGAUUACGUGGAUUCGAGAUACGAUUUCGUGGUGAUAGGGGGCGGAAGUGCGGGGGCGACCCUCGCGGCUAGAUUAUCGGAGGAAGGAAGUUUUUCGGUGUUACUUUUGGAGGCAGGAAUGGAUGAACCUACGGGUACUCAGAUCCCCUCGUUUUUCUUCAAUUUUCUCGGCAGCGACAUCGACUGGCAGUACACGACCGAACCGGAAGACGAAGCUUGCCUCAAUAAAGAGGGGAAGAAAUGCUACUGGCCCAGAGGAAAAGUCCUCGGAGGAACCAGCGUGAUGAACGGUAUGAUGUACAUGAGGGGGUCUCGCAAGGACUACGACGAUUGGGCGAAACUUGGAAAUCCCGGAUGGUCCUACGAAGAUGUUCUUCCAUUUUUCAUGAGGAGCGAGGACAAUCUGCAGGUCGAUGAAAUGGAUUCCGGGUACCACGCGACCGGAGGACCUUUGACCGUCACUAGAUUUCCAUACCAUCCGCCCUUGAGCGGCGCCAUUAUGGAAGCGGGCAAGGAACUCGGGUAUCCGGUCGGUGACCUGAACGGACGUUCGCACACGGGUUUUGCCAUUGCUCAAACAACGUCGAGAAACGGCUCGAGGCUGUCAACGGCACGUGCCUUUCUGAGACCAGCACGCGGCCGUCGCAACCUGCACGUCAUGCUCAAUUCCACGGUUACGAGGAUACUCUUUGACAACGACAAAGUCGCCGUUGGCGUUGAAUUUCUCUACAACGGUCAAUUGCACCGAGUCAACGUCGACAAGGAAGUCAUCGUCAGUGGAGGCGCGGUGAAUUCGCCGCAAAUUUUAUUGAACAGCGGAAUCGGUCCGGCGGAGGAACUACGAUCGGUAGGUGUCCCGGUAAUCCACAACCUGCCAGGUGUGGGAAAAAAUUUGCAUAAUCACGUUGCCUAUUCGGUUGGAUUUACGAUCAACGACACGGACACGACUCCUCUGAAUUGGGCUACCGCGAUGGAAUAUCUUCUAUUCAGAGACGGUCUGAUGUCUGGCACCGGUAUUUCGGAGGCGACGGCUAUGAUAAACACGAAAUACGCAAACCCUCGGGAAGACCACCCCGAUAUCCAACUGAUCUUUGGCGGUUACUUGGCGGAUUGUGCGGAAACCGGUAUGGUGGGAGAAAAGAAAGGAGCGAACCGCAGCAUCUACAUUAUUCCCACACUAUUGCAUCCGAAGAGUCGCGGUUACUUGCGUCUGAGGAGCAAAGAUCCGCUCGCCAAGCCCAUGAUAUUUCCCAAGUACCUAACUGCACCCGAGGACGUGGCGACUCUCGUCGAGGGCAUCAAAUUCGCCAUAAAAUUGUCGGAGACCGAAGCUCUCAAGAGGUACGGCUUCAAGUUGGACAAAACGCCCGUAAAGAACUGCGAGCAUUUGAAAUUCGGCUGCGACGCCUACUGGGAAUGUGCCGUGAAACACGACACAGCUCCGGAAAAUCAUCAGGCUGGUUCCUGCAAAAUGGGACCCGCUAACGACCCCUUGGCCGUCGUCGAUAACGAAUUGAGGGUCAGGGGCAUCAGAAACGUGAGGGUAGCCGACACCAGCAUCAUGCCCAAGGUCACUUCCGGCAAUACCAAUAGUCCGGCGAUCAUGAUCGCCGAGAAGGCUGCCGAUAUGAUAAAGAGAACCUGGUUGGGGUGAUCGAAAUUUUUCAACGACGGAUGUAGAGGAAAAUUCUAGGAGAACAAAAAAACAACAAGAUAAACAUAAAAACUCAGUAGAACGAAAGAUCAAAAUCGAAACCUGUGGAAGAACCUUUUCAGUUGUUCUGUGAGAGUUCAAAUAAGUUCGAUUGGUUCGGAUUCCGAAAGAAUUUUACAAGUUUUGAAAUAAUUUCGAAAAAAAUCGUGUCCAACCAAUUUCCCCGCUAUUUAUUUUCUCACCGUUCGACCGAGACGAGGAUUUUUCGAACAGCGAUGGCGGGUGACGAUUGAAACUCUCUGAUUGCAAUGAAUUGGAAAAUUUUAUUCUUCAAAUUAGAACGUUGCUAGUUUUUAGAAAGGUGUAGACGCGAAGUGUUUAGUUCUAUUAUAAUUAGUUACAGCGUUGUGUACGACUAACUAACAUUUGUACAGACCCCUUCCACGUGGUAUAAUCAACGUAUGGGAGGGAUAAAAGAAGAAACUGCAUGCAGGUGUCAAUCAAACAUAGCAUAUCAUAAUAUAUACGCAUUAAUUAUUUCAUAAAACAUUGUUUAAUUUUAAUAUAUACCUCUAUCUGUAAGAUUUCAUACGUAUACGUCAGCCGAACGUAGUCUAUACUAUCGAGUAAGAAAUGAAGAAAAAAAAAGCGAGUAGAUUAUCCCUCGAUCAAUAAAAUCAUAAUUGUAUCCAGA